AUGUUCUGCGCGGAGGGCAGCUCGUCGUCGAAGGGCAGCUUCCUGCAGCAGAAGAAGGCAGCGCGCGAGGACCGGGCCCACGAGAAGCGCCGGGAGGCCGCGGCCACCCUGAUCCAGGCCCACGUGCGUGCCUGGCUGGCACGCGUCCGGUUCACCAAGCGGAUACUAGAAGAAUUUGAUAACAAUUUCCUCGAUGACAUCGGCGCCGACAGUGCAACGGUGGAACUGAAACCUGCUCUGGAGGUGUACAGGAUCGUUUCUAGAUUUUUGCUAAUUUAUAAGAGGGAGAGAGACCAGGAGAGAAUAGAGAGGGUGUGUAGAUACCUCGUGCUGACCCUCGACUCCGAGUCCCCGAAGGUAUCCUACGUCGGAGUGGCGCUCAGCAAGGAUCAUUACAUAUCAUGGAUAUCGCAAAUGAAGGCAGUUUUGUACCACUGCCUCUCCGGCCUGGACGGCCUCAAGCCGGAGAGGGUAUCGGACCACAAGUCCAUUCUGCUGCGACUGCACACCUUGGUGAGCUUCACGUCGCCGGGAACGUGGGCUAUACAGAAGGUGAAGGGCAUGGACCAGUUGAAGACCGGCAUGAGCCAGCUGUGCGCGAACAUAAUGGGCCAUCUAGUUAACAACGGGUUCUACGGCACCAUGCAGGUAGCGACGGCAACGACCGGCUCUUUUCGAGGAACCGUCCCCGCGUGGCGACUCAACGUUUGCGCUCUCCGUUUCAGGCUCUCUUGA